AAUACUAUAAUUUGCACCCUGACGAAAGCUUUGAAAGGAAUAUUUUAACUAAACAGAAUGAAUAUCACAUUCAACAGAAUGAAUAUCACUUUAGACAAGAAAAAGAUUCUUGAGGACUCACUUAAAGACAGAAAAAUAGGGAUGAUAAUUGCCGAAACAUCUUCAGCAUUAAUCAUCGCAAUAUUGGCACUGAUAGGAAACCUAACUCUGUGUUUGGCAAUUUACGGAACUCGUGCGCUCCGCUGUAUCCAAAACUACUACAUCGUUGCAUUGGCUGCAUCAGACUUGCUGUUAACGAUUCUCUGUCUUCCUCUGGGAUUGACUGUUGUGAUUCUGGGAAGAUGGCCAUUUGGAGACGCUAUUUGUCAGAUUCAAGGCAGUUUCAUCUACUACUUUGCUUGUUUUUCAGUUCUAACCAUGACCCUCAUAGCCGUCAAUCGUUACAUCAAAAUGAUGCAUUCCGUGAUUAUUUACCAGAGGUUUUUCACAAAAAGCAACGUCCUCAUUUCUAUCGCGUUUUGUGCGAUCUUUUCUGGAAUAUUUCUAAUUCCGUUUGUUUCCCAAAGAUUCUGUUUCCAUCCCGGCAAAUGUGCGUGUUUCGUUUGUAAGAGUCGAGACGGCGAAAAUCAAGCAGUUCUCAUUGUACCAUACACGAUACUUAUCACGAUGACUUAUCCUGUCAUAACAUUUUGUUAUUCCAAAGUGUUCCGUAAAGUUCAUCUACAUUUCUCGCGGAUUGCACCUUCAAAUAUUCACGAAAAUUCUGCGAAAUCAUAUGCAGAGGAAGUGAAAAUCACGAAAAUUCUCUUCGCCGUACUGAUCGCUUUUGUGAUGUGUUGGACUCCACCUUUUAUCAUUGAAUUUAUCGACAUGUUUCAUGGCCAGUACAGGCUUCCUCGUCAAGUUUAUCUCAUUAUGCCGUUCAUGGGAGCAGCGAAUUGUGCUGUCAAUCCUUUGAUAUAUGGUUUGCUACAGAGAAGAUUCCGAGAGGCUUAUAUAAAUGUACUGACAUGCAGAAACUAAUAUUUUGAAAAAGAGCUAGGUACAGAAUCAAAGAGUUGUCAGUGUAGUCCAGUUUUAAUUAUUCAGGUAGAUUUUAAUUAAAAUAAAACUGAGGUUAAGAGGAUAAAACAAACUUAAUUUCAUAACCACUGUUUUUACGUCUUUACAUAAUCGCAACCCAGUGCAUCUACUAAUCAUUUUCCUGAAAAUUCAAUGGUAGUCUGGGAAAAUUGGUCGACUAACUUAAAUUCAGUACCAAAACCAAGAUUAGACUACCUUUAACAAAGCUCUUUUUUUUUGUUUUGUUUUUUUUUUUGCGGUCGAACCGUAUUGUGUGCUUCUUUUUCGCACACUUUCGGAACACAAGCGCUUUUUCCAAUAAUACAUCGAAACCACUUAACCCCUUUUGGCUGUCACAUGACAAUCAUAUAAAUCAGUUAACUUCAAUCUGUAUGAUAUAAUCACAAGCAUACAGUUCUACAGCUAGUAGUACAGCAAAUCACUUGAAAGCGAAUGCAUUCCUUGACUUUCGGGCAUCAAUAAUGGUUUAAAAAGUUUUUUGGCGUAGUUGCAGGGGUUGCAAUCGAGUGCAAUUUGCAAACCUUUCAAAUCAAAUUAAAACAAGUGACAAAAAUUGGUGAAAUUAACGGAGUGAAACCUUGUUACGUCACAGGCGAGUGGCCAGGUUGCUAAGAAAAAUAAAAAUGGUUGUGCUUGUAGUCUGAUUCAAAGCUCAUCUGAAGUCUUUGAAGGCAAUUUCUUACAAGUUAGAAUACUCAUAGUUUCAAAUCUACCUUUCAAUGGCAUAGAUUCAUAUCUACAUUUUAAUGGCUGACAUUGGAGGUACAUGGUAUCUGGAGCAUUCUUUUCCUAAUUAAUCUAGUCAGUCUACAAUUAUAGUACAUUUUACAUUCGUAAGUACUUAGUACCCAGACCUUUGCCUCAGAGUGAGGCAGAGGCUUACCAUAUUACUUUAGAAACAAGAAUCUGGCAAGCAUAAUAACAGGUCAAUGGCUGAACAACUAAGCUCACUGAUGUGAAAAGGGACUUUUGUUUUUUUCAAUGACUUUUCUGUUAAUGAUACAAUCACUCUUGCUGCUUUAUUUUAAACAAACAAUCAUGCCUGAUAUUUAGGUCUUAAGGAAAUAGAGGAAGACAAGUCGGAGUUGCUACAAAAUUGAGCUAAGAAUAAAUUAGACUUUAUGAAA